AUGGCCUACCUGCUAAGCUUUGGCAUCGUGGCCGCCCUCUUCCUGGCCAGCAUCUCACUGUACCGCUAUGGAAAUAUACCACGUCAGCACAUCCUGGUCACCUUAUCCGUGCUGACCGCCUGGUGCUUCUCCUUUUUGAUUGUAUUCACCAUUCCGCUGGACGUAACAUCGACACUUUACCGCCAGUGCGUGGAGGAGCACCGACCGACGCCACCACCAAAUGUGACCAAUACCCAAGCCGCCAUUAACGCAACUCCGCCGCCUCAAUGCCAGGAGCCGUGGGGCAUGGUUCCCGCCUCCGUGUUUCCGAACCUGUGGCGCAUUAUCUACUGGAGCUCGCAGUUCCUUACCUGGUUGAUUAUGCCGCUGAUGCAGUCGUACCUCAAAGCAGGCGACUUCACCGUGAAGGGCAAGCUGAAGUCCGCUCUGAUCGAGAAUGCAAUCUACUACGGAUCCUACCUGUUUAUCUGCGGCGUUCUUCUCAUCUACAUAGCUGUGAAAGGCGAAUCGCUGGAUUGGCAAAAGCUAAAGGCAAUCGCCUCAUCGGCUUCAAACACCUGGGGUCUGUUUCUACUCAUCCUACUUCUGGGUUACGCUCUGGUGGAAGUUCCUCGAUCUCUGUGGAACAAUGCCAAGCCGGGAUUCGCGCUGCAGUACGCCCACUUUAAGGCGGCCAAGCUGAGCACUGAGAAGGCAGAGGCCGAGGAGCAUGUGGAUGACAUUCUGGAGUCGCUGCAAGGUCUCAGUCGAGUUAUACCGAACAACCACGAUCUGCGUCCCUGUUUGGAGACCAUCCUGCGUAAGGUUCCCAUUGAACUGCAGGAACGGGCAAGCCGAAAUUUCGCCCGCACUGGUGGCAGCGGCAUGGGAGCCACCAGCUCUACAAUCUUGCCAUCGGAAAAGGCGCUGGUUCGCAUUCAUAAGCAAGUAAUCAAAUCCCUUCAGACGCUACAGCGCACCGAGGCUUUGUGGAGUGUGCAGGUGCAAACUGUGCUGCAUCUGGAGGAUGUGGCCAAUAAUAUUCACUCCUCGGAUCGGCGCUUCAAGACGGAGUUUCCACGCCAGCGAACGCAGCUGGAGAGGAUCUGCUACAGCGCCACGGUGCAGUGGUAUUGGGAAUGCCUUCUGAAGGCACCGUUCCUCAAGACCAUGUGCGUCCUUACCGCCACCAUGUCGGCGAUGGUGGUGUGGAGCGAAUUAACCUUCUUCAGCCGCCGCCCUGUUCUUUCCAUUUUUGCCAACGUGAUUUACGUGGCCAAGGAGAGCUACGACUUCUUCACCAUCGAGGUGUUUUCCAUGGUGGUUCUCUGCUACUUCUUCUAUUGCACCUACUCUACUAUUUUGAGGAUAAGAUUCCUGAAUCUGUAUUAUCUGGCACCGCAUCACCAGACCAACGAGCACAGUCUGAUCUUCAGCGGCAUGCUACUCUGCCGCCUGACGCCACCCAUGUGCCUCAACUUUCUGGGUCUUAUCCAUAUGGACACACAUAUUAUACCCAAUCGUAUUAUGGAGACGGUCUACACCCAGAUCAUGGGCCACAUGGACGUGAUUGGCAUUAUCUCAAAUGGCUUCAAUAUCUACUUCCCCAUGUGCAUGCUGGCCUUCUGCCUGGCCACAUGGUUUAGCUUGGGCAGCCGGGCCUUGAACGCCCUCGGCUUUCAGCAGUUCCUGCAAAACGAAACUAUUGCCACGGAGCUGGUGCAGGAGGGAAAGGAUCUGAUAGCGCGCGAGAAGCGACGACGCCAGCGAGCCGAGGAGGCUAUGGCCAGGAGGCGCGACCUCAACCGAACCGACCAGGUUCUGGGCAGCGAUUACUUAAGCAAGUACCGGAGUGGAGGAGCAGGAUCUCUCGCCAGUAGUCGCACCCCCGCGGAUGGACUACUCCGUGAUGGGGAUGGCAGCUUUGACUAUGCGGCGGUGGCUUCCUCCUCGGCACUUGGCGUUCCACGAUCUCUGUCGGAGGAGAUCAACGAACGGUUCGGAGUGAGCACCCAAGUGCAGGUGGGAUUCCGGGACCCGGACUACGAGACGGAGCAGGAUGGCCGCAUCGUGGGCCCGCCACCGCGAGGACUCUUCGACGAUGUCUAGACUCGAAAAAUUGAUGAUUCUUUAUUUCGAACCGCAACCGAAUAUCUCAAUGUUUGCAAUAUUCCGUAGUUUGUAUUUCGUUCGCGCUUAAGUAUUUCCUGCUGCCACUGCUGCUGCUGUUCCUUCACACCUAUGUUCACCAUUCGAUUGAAUAAACCACUAGAAAGGA